AUGCCCUCUUAUCUAGCGAAGUUUCAGAAUAUGUUCGCAUUGCCAAGUACUGGUGGUUAUGUGGAUCAGGAUGAGCAAGUGCUUGUCGAUGCUCUUCCGUACCUGGAUACAGAAUAUAACGACGCUGAUCGGCAGACCGCAUUACGAUUGAUCGAUCAAGAGUGCAAGAUUUUUCGUCCAACAAAAAACUACUUGAAACACCUUCCCGUUCCUGAUUUUGAUGCGUUUCUCACACCAUGCAUGAUGAAGGAACAUGCUAGGAUGUCAAAGAAGCAGGAAAUGCCAAAGUUGGAUAUGAGUCGCUGUGAACUUCCCUGCCCAGCAGGUACUUCCAGAGCUGGUGACAAAGUACAGUGGAGAAAGGCGAUCAAGAAUGCAAAAGCACAGAAUGAACAUCUUGUAAUGCGGCAAAUAAAUCUCGAGUUGAUGGAAGAGUAUGCACCUGAGAGCUACCUGAGAAGAAAUAAAGAGCUAGAACAACUUUGCACAGAAGCGGAAAAAGAACUGAGAAAAACCAAAGAGCAGGUCAUGGAGAUCCAUGCGAGACGUAAAAUGGCGCAGCUGGAUGCCGGAAGGCAGCUCAAGGAGCUCGAAGGCAGCUGGGUAGCUAUGGUCACCAAUAACUAUAGAAUGGAACUUGCAAAUAAUCAGUUGGCAGCCACCAAUGCGCAAAUGGCGAAACGUUUGCGGGUUGAUCCGGCAGCACUCGAGAAAGUGACUCUGAACUGAGCUGUUGAUCUCGUGGCCAAUGUGUUGUUUCCAACCGUCAGUUUGCUAUCAUGUCAGUGCAUGGUCGAUAAAAGGUUUUUCAAAAA